AUGUUGCGAGAUGACUCCAAUGGAAAUAUAAUAUGGGAGAGUUUUGAACACCCUUCUGUUUCUUUCUUGCAAAAGAUGAAAAUUAGUUCCCAAAAAUUUACAGAUGAGAGGACUCUGCUCACCUCAUGGAAAAGCUCUUCUGAUCCAUCUACUGGAAGCUUCACUUGUGGUUUGAAUCCGUUAAAUAUUCCAGAACUAUAUGCAUGGAAUGGUAGUCAUCCACACUGGCGGAGUGGUCCAUAUAACAGACAGAUUUUUUUUGGAUUACCUGACAUGGUUGGAUACUGUAAGUGUCUUGAUGUUGUAGAUGAUAAAGAAACCGUGUAUAUAAGCUACACAUCUACAAAUGAAUCUGUGUUGUAUCAUUUCUUGAAUUCUGAUGGAAUUAUUGUGCAAAGAUACCUGGAUAUUGGAAUGGAGAAUUGGGAAGAUACGUUAACGUUUCCACAGAGUAAAUGUGAAAUUUAUGGCAAUUGUGGUCCUUUUGGGAUUUGCAACACACAAGAUUCACCAAUUUGCACCUGUUUGCAAGGGUUUCAUCCAAAGGAUAUGGAGGAAUGGAGUAGAGGAACUUGGACCAGUGGAUGUGUAAGGAGGAGACAAUUGCAGUGUGAGAGAAACAACAGUGAUGGUGGUGAAAAGGGCAAAGAAGAUGGGUUUCUGAAGCUAAAGACAGUGAAGGUGCCAGCCUUUGCUGAGUGGCUAUCUAUUUCAGAAGACAUCUGCAAAAGCCAGUGCUUGAAUAAUUGUUCCUGUAUAGCUUAUUCGUAUUAUAGUGGCUUUGGUUGUAUGCAGUGGAGUGCAGACUUAAUUGACAUACAGGAAUUUUCAUAUGGUGGAGCUGAUCUUUACAUUCGCGUGGCAUAUACAGAGAUUGAUAUAGCUGUGAAGAGGCUUUCAAAAUCCUCUGGACAAGGCAUGGAGGAGUUCAUGAAUGAGGUUGUGGUGAUUUCUCAGCUGCAGCAUCACAAUCUUGUUAGACUUCUUGGCUACUGUGUGGAAGAAGAAGAAAAGAUGUUGAUCUAUGAAUACAUGCUAAGUAAAAGCUUGGAUGUAUUUCUCUUUGAUUGGAGAAAACGUGCCAACAUUGUUGAAGGGAUUGGUCGAGGCCUACUUUACCUUCAUAGGGAUUUAAAGACGAAUAAUGUUUUGUUGGAUGAAGAUCUAAAUCCAAAAAUUUCAGAUUUUGGCAUGGCAAAGAUUUUUGGAAGCAACCAAGACCAAGCCAACACUAAAAGGUUGAACAAAAAUGAUUUUACUAUUGGGGUUGUAAUGAAACAAUGCAACGGCUAUAUGGCCCCUGAAUAUGCAAUGCAAGGGAGAUUCUCAGAAAAAUUUGAUGUAUUUAGCUUUGGAGUAUUGUUAUUAGAGAUUGUAAGUGGGCAGAAAAACACAAGCUUUAAUCACGAUGAAGAGUCUUUGAGUCUUCAAGGACUUGCAUGGAAAUUAUGGAAUGAAGAUAAGAUUGUAUUGCUAAUAGAUCCAAUGAUUUCUGAUUCAUGCUUUCAAGUGGAGAUCCUCAGAUACAUACAUGUAGGACUGUUGUGUGUCCAAGAUUUUGCUAAAGAUAGGCCAACUAUUUUUACUAGCCAAAGGAGAUGUUCUGCGAACAAUAUAACUGUUACAACCAUUGAUGGUCGUUAG